AUGGCAUCUUUGCCGCGAGUAUCUCCCAUUCUAUAUGUAGCCCUAGGAGUACUCAUAGGGCUAUCCUUAUCUAUUAUAUCAUCUCCUUCAGCGACUACUUUCGAUGCUGGAUCACUAGCGAUUCGACCUAAUCGCCAUAACCAUGUUCAUGAUCCACAGAAUGGAGAAACCGUUGAUGACAGCGAUGCUCCUAGCUAUGCCAUAGAGUUUCAUGGGAACGGCUCACAUCAUGAUCAUGAUGGAGAACGCAUUGUGGCUGACAUCAUCUCGGAGAAAGUGCGCGUUUUCUGUUGGAUUCUGACGGGCAAACAAAAUCACGAAAAACGAGCCAUUCAUGUAAAAGCAACAUGGGCUAAGCGUUGUAAUAAAUACGUGUUUAUGUCAUCAGAGGAUGAUCCAGAUUUACCAGCUGUCAACUUAAACAUCUCUGAAGGCAGAGACUUUCUGUGGGCAAAAACCAAAAAAGCUUUUCAAUAUGCAUAUGAGAAUCACAUUGACCAAUAUGACUGGUUUUUAAAAGCUGAUGAUGACACAUACGUAGUUCUGGAAAAUUUGCGUUACAUGUUGCUUGCUCAUUCUCCCGAUGAGCCUAUUCAUUUCGGAAUGAAAUUUAAACCUUUCACUAAACAAGGUUACAUGAGUGGUGGUGCUGGUUAUGUAUUGAGUCGGCAAGCUCUGAAAAAAUUCAUCACUGAGGGCUUACCGGAUGCAACUAAAUGCUCUCCAAAUCAUGGAGGGGCUGAAGAUGCGGAAAUCGGAAAGUGCUUAGAGAAGAUAGGUGUUCAAGCUGGAGACUCUCGAGAUAGUGCUGGUCACCAUAGAUUUAUGCCAUUCGUACCCGAGCAUCAUUUGGUUCCUGGGCAUGUUGAUAAGAGUUUCUGGUUCUGGCAGUAUACUUACUACCCGAUGGAACAAGGUCCUGGAUGUUGUUCAGAUUACGCCAUCUCCUUCCACUACGUCAAUGCUAACCUUAUGUAUGCUUUGGAAUAUCUUAUUUAUCAUUUGAAACCCUUCGGAGUGGAUCGUUCACUGAAAAUCGGACGAAACGAGAGCUUAGUUCAGGCUGCUUAUAUGUCGGCUCGCCGUUCAAUGGGAGAGGACGAUGCUUUCAAAAGCGACAUAAAGUCUUAG